AUGGAUUCUAGACAUCUCGUCAACAUCCAUUACAAGAAGGGGGAGGUCCAACUUGCUAUGGAUGGACGCUCGGCCCUACUCAUCCUUUGGGGUGUUAAGGCUGACCAUCCAUCCAUAGUAGCUGGAUCAGUUUAUGAAGUUCAUGCAAUUAAGGCGGCCAACAAGUUCUGUGACCAAAGAGCAGAUAACAAAACCCAGUCUAUAUUUUCUGUGAAAACGUUAGAUAAACAUUUUGAGAAUAAAGUUAACGUUCCGUAUGAACGAUAUGUUUUUAGGAAAAUUUUGCAAACCGAGAGUGAAACAGUAGUACAGUUUAUCACAAAAUUACGGCAACAGGCUGUGUAUUGUGACUUCACAAAUCAGGACGAGCAAAUUCGGGAUCAAGUGAUUGAAAAGUGCAGGUCUCACAAGAUAAGAGCCAAGUUGUUAGAGAAAGGAAAAAACUUGACUUUAGAGCAAUUGAGGACAAUAGCGGCUACAUUUGAAAUGACUGAAACACAGGCUAGGCAUAUGGACACUGAAAUUGUGGCGUCAGUAAACAGAAUUCAGGGACAUCGUGAAAAAACUGACACACAGAAGCACAGAUUUCAGUACAAGAAGUGUUUUCGUUGUGGACGAGAGGGGCAUUUUGCAAAGGACGUAUCGUGUCCUGCACGGAAUAAGGAAUGUCGAAAGUGCGGAAAAGUUGGACAUUUUAUUAAAUGCUGUCAAACAAAGAAACCAGGAAAAAGCAAACCAAGCAAAGGUGGGAAGAUACACAAAGUGGACUAUUCUGAAGUGGAUUCCGACUCAGACGUAUACGUGUUCAGUCUGAAAACAGAACAUACAUCAUCAGACAAAGUAAAAGUCAGUCUAGCAGGAAAUCCUGUAGAAUUUGUCAUUGAUAGUGGUGCAUCAGCUAACAUUUUUGAUAAAGAACUCUGGGAACAUCUCAAGAAGAACCGUAUGUAA